UUACAAGGAAAAAAAUGAAUUUGUGAAACAUAUGAAAAAGCAUUGUAUGUUUUGUGAUGUUUUAUGUGAAAGUGUAAACGAUUUAGAAUUGCACUUAGAGAACCAUCAUGGAGAUGAGCAUGUAAUGAAACAAAAUCGAGAUCAACAACAAGAAAAACUAAAGCAGCAGCAUGAAAAUAAAUCAGCUGUGAAGGUGGAAAAGUUUUGUGGUGAUUGUGAUAAAAUUGUGAAUAAUAUACGAUCACACGUUCGUAGCGAAGAACAUCGAUCCACCGUGAGAAAAAAUCUGGAUUCUGACAUAAAAAUUGUUAAAAGUGCAUUUAACAAAAAUAUACUCAGCUAUGAGAUACAAAACAAUAAAGACAUUUUGUACCCGAUCGAUUUUCUUAAUGCUUCAAAAGAAUUAAUAAUUAAAACCUUGAAAAAUGAGUUAAACGGUAAAACGCUCAUAAAAUUUAAUAUGGAACUCCAAGGACUGUAUGUGAAACCAAACAAUGAAAAAGAUGGACCUUCAACUUCCAAAGAGUUAACUAUUGAAAAUAUAUUUAAUCAUAUUUCAAAAACAACGCUAUUAACCCUGGGAGAUGAUUUGGAAGAGGUCGUUUUCAACCACUGUGUGGAAAUUAUAGCUAAAUCAGAAGAGUUCCAAGAAAGAGGCUCUAAUUGGGCCCUGGAGAAACUUUUAAAACUUGACAUAAAUGUGUUGAGAGCCAACUUAACACGUGGCUCACAUUAUAUUCCAACUCCGAAAUCAUUAAGCAACAAGAAGGGUGCGUGCCUUAACAUCAAAAACUAUGAUGACUUUUGUUUUAAGUGGUGUAUGGUUGUUGCAUUGGGGGAAACUGCAUAUGGAGAUCCGAGUAUAACCUCUUCAUAUAACGUAGACAUACACCAAGAUGUCAUUAUUCUGCAGUCUGGAAUAUCGCUAAAUUUCGAACAAUUAAAUUUCCCAUUGGGUCUUAAAUAUAUAAAAAAAUUUGAAAUGAACAACCCAGAGAUUAGCGUAAAUGUUUUCGGUUAUGAAAACAAGUCGGUCGUUGGUCCAUAUUACUUAACAAAGGAGACGAAAAGCAAUCACAUUAAUUUAAUAUUGCUGCACAACGAAGAAAAUUUCCAUUACAUUUUGGUUAUGGAUAUGUCUUGUCUUAUGCGGUCUCAAUUCACAAGUCAUAAGGAGAAAGGUUACUUUUGUUUUGGAUGCCUGCAAUGUUUCCACGAUGAAAAUAAAUGUAUGACUCACAAAAAGCAGUGUGGAAAAGUAGUCUGUGCCCUGCCGAACAAAAAAGAAGCCGUACUAAAGUUCGUCAAUCACAAGAAAAAGGAUAAGGUGCCUUUCGUUAUUUAUGCUGACUCCGAAAGUGUACUGGAAGACGUGCAGGAAGAUGAGAACAAUGGGGCGAGUAAAAAAACGGAAAAGGUAAAGAAGCAUAUUCCAUGUGCUUUUAGUUAUUUUAUUAAAUGUAGUUUUAAUGAAAAUUUAAAUAAGUUAUUUAUAUAUAGUGGUCCCGACGCAGCAAAUGUUUUUCUGAAAGAACUAAUUCAGGAUUGUAAAUUUUUGUAUGAUAGUUACCUAACCAAAACGAAACCUAUGAAUACUCUAACCCCCGAAGAAGAGACAGCCUUUCUUAGGGAUAUCAAUUGUCGUAUAUGUGGCGACAUUUUAGGUAACGAUAGGGUGAAAGAUCAUUGUCACUUAACGGGGCAAUAUCGAGGUGCGGUACAUAACCAUUGCAAUCUGCAAUAUCAUCUACCUAAAUUUAUUCCAAUAUAUUUCCACAAUUUUUCUUCGUACGACUGUCACCUCUUCUUUAAAGAGUUAGUUGAAUUUGGAGGUGAAAUAAGAGUCAUACCUCAAAACAAAGAAAAAUAUAUUUCAAUGUCUUAUUUCAUUAAUAUGGAUAACGAGUCAACCGACUCUAGUUCUUUAAAAAGUACAGUUGUUGUAGGAGAAGAAGAAGAUUCGAGUGAGGAAGAUGAUGAGGAAUUCCAGCAAGAAGAGGAAAGUGAGGGCAAAAAAGAGAAGAAAAAGAAAAUGAAUAGAUUAGAGCAUCGUUUCUUAGAUAGUUUUCGAUUUAUGCCUACUAGUUUGGAUAAAUUAGCAAGGAAUUUAUCUCGAGAUUCUUUUGUUGCUGUCAGAUCUCAUUUUCCUGAUGAUGAAUCAUUUGAACUUAUGACUAGGAAAGGAGUAUUUCCCUACGAAUAUAUGUCAUCAUUUGAAAAAUUGAAGGAGAAACAACUUCCCCCUAUAGACCAAUUUUAUAAUAAGUUGACCGAUACUGAAUGCUCGUCAGACGAUUAUAGGCAUGCAACAAAUGUUUGGUCACAUUUUCGAUGUCAAACUAUGCAAGACUACAUGGAUUUGUACUUAAAAGCUGAUGUCUUGCUUUUAGCAGACGUAUUUGAAAAUUUCAGGAGCUUAUGUAUGCGAAUUCACGAACUGGACCCUUGUCAAUAUCUCACAGCACCAUCUCUAUCUUGGGAUGCAAUGCUACUAUGUACUAAAGUCGAACUUGAGCUACUCAGAGAUAUAGACAUGUACAAUUUCUGCAAAAAUGGUAUUCGGGGAGGGCUUACCCAGUGCUCAAACAGACACUCGGUAGCAAAUAAUGAAGAUGCUCCCAAUUAUAAUAGUGCCAAACCAGAGGUAAAUAUCUAUUAUUUGGAUGUAAAUAAUUUAUAUGGUACAGUUAUGACUGAGUGUCUCCCUGAAAAAGAUUUUAGAUGGGUGGAGGGUUAUGAAAUGGAGAAAUUCAAUGAUCCAGCUGUAAUAUUAUCUAUUCCUGACAACGCUCCUACUGGUUUUAUUUUAGAGGUUGAUAUUGAAUAUCCACCGCACCUUCACGACAAACAUAACGAUUUACCUUUUUUGGCGGAGAAAAAGUGUGUUGAAGGCUCAAAAACUGAAAAACUGAUUGCAGAUUUUACUGACAAAACAUCAUACACCAUACACUACAAAUUACUUAAGCAAUCUCUGAAACAUGGACUAAUUCUUAAGAAAGUCCAUAGAGUUUUGGCUUUCACACAAAGCGCUUGGUUAGCUCCUUACAUACUGAAGAAUAAUGAACAUAGGGAAAAGGCUGAAAAUGCCUUUGAAAAAGAUUUUUUUAAAUUAUUGAAUAACUCUUCAUUCGGUAAGACAAUGGAGAAUAUCGACAAAAGAAAAACUGUGAAAAUUGUGACAAUGUGGGUAGAUGAGGCAAACCAAAGAAGAAGGAAUGUUGCUAGUAAAUUAAUCUCGAAGCCAAAUUUUCACAGCCUUUCGAUAUUCUCCGAAAAUAUGGUUGCUAUUCAAAUUAGGAAUGUCAGACACAACAACCAAUGGUUCACCAACAACACCAACGUAAGCAUACCAAACGACGUUCAGUGGCUGUUGUCGAUGGGCCCCAAAUAUGCUUUGCCAACAACAAAAACGGCAUUCCCCUUACUGAAUGUCAUUGCAGAAAGUGAAGAAUGUAUUCAAACCUUAGACGACAAAGAGGAUCAAGAGAACGCGAGAAAUGCAAUAGUCUCUCUAAUUGACGACCACUUACAACAGACAAAAUUGAGUAUAAGAGAUAAACUAUUAAUGGACACACACAACAACCAAUGGUUCACCAACAACACCAACGUAAGCAUACCAAACGACGUUCAGUGGCUGUUGUCGAUGGGCCCCAAAUAUGCUUUGCCAACAACAAAAACGGCAUUCCCCUUACUGAAUGUCAUUGCAGAAAGUGAAGAAUGUAUUCAAACCUUAGACGACAAAGAGGAUCAAGAGAACGCGAGAAAUGCAAUAGUCUCUCUAAUUGACGACCACUUACAACAGACAAAAUUGAGUAUAAGAGAUAAACUAUUAAUGGACACACACAACAACCAAUGGUUCACCAACAACACCAACGUAAGCAUACCAAACGACGUUCAGUGGCUGUUGUCGAUGGGCCCCAAAUAUGCUUUGCCAACAACAAAAACGGCAUUCCCCUUACUGAAUGUCAUUGCAGAAAGUGAAGAAUGUAUUCAAACCUUAGACGACAAAGAGGAUCAAGAGAACGCGAGAAAUGCAAUAGUCUCUCUAAUUGACGACCACUUACAACAGACAAAAUUGAGUAUAAGAGAUAAACUAUUAAUGGACACAGUUAAAGCGGGACCCAACUACGACAUUACAGAAUAA